GGCCGCUUCCCUCGGCCUUCGGCGCAUGUCCGCCGGCUGGUUCUUCGCCAGCAAUCCAGCAAUCUCCCAGAGGCCUUUUCGGCAAUGGCGGACUUCCUGUCCCUCGAACCCUCCACUUCCGGCUUCUCCUCUCCGAGCCACGUGGCUGCAGAGGCUCUUUUGGUGGCGGUUUUGCACGUGUAACAGCAUCCAGUUCGCCACCUCUGCUUCAGCUCCCACAGCCUCAUCAUGGCCAACAUCCCCAAUGAAAAGACUCCCCCAUGGAGCCAGCAUCACGGAGGACGACUUGACCGCUCGCCGAAGGCACAGAGGCAUUAUCUACACCUACGAAUUCUCCACAGACAAGCUGGUGGCAGAGAGCGUCCUUCCUAUCUGCCGCUCCUCUUACAACGAAGUGGCCGGCUACAGCUACAACAUUGGCCUUGUGGUCCCCUAUGACAACAUCUAGGCAGGGUGGGAAGCAGGGAAGUCCAGCUGAGCUGGACCCUGGAGAAGAAGAGCCCCAAGGAUGGCGUUCCUGGAGAUCUCUUUGGAGGGCUCGGAAGCCACGGGUUGGCCAAGCAGGCAGCAGAAGAAGGUGGGGUGAACACAUUGGGGUUCCACAGCUUUAAUAACAGCGCUGUAGGAACAUAGAAGAGAUGGUGGCUAACAGGAACCAUGAUAGAUAGUCAAGAAUCAGGAGAUGAUAAUAAAGGCUUUAGCCCAAGAAUCAGGAGGUAGUAAGACAGAUUGUAGCCCACAUGUGCAGACAUCAUUCUGGGGGAAGUGAGGGCUUCCAUUCCUUCCACCUAGCUAAAGUAGUUUAGUGCUGCCUUUCCAGAACAGGCGCCGACGCUACCUGCAACAUCAGGAGAUCUUAAGAAGAAGAAGAGACUUUGGGAGCGUUUUUCUUGUAAAUAAAAUAUCUUUAUUGAG